AUGGAUGUCAUUGUGAACAUCACUGAUUUGACGCCGACGACGGCGUCCGGUGUUCCAGAUGAAUGUGGUCUGGAGCCACACGAAUUUCUGGAGGUCAAGUUUUUUCUGAUCAGUGUGGUUGGCACAUUGAUAGGACUGUUCGGAUUGUUUGGAAAUGCAACGACAGCUCUGAUUUUGACUAGACCAUCCAUGCGGAAUCCCAACAAUCUGUUCCUCACAGCUCUGGCCGUUUUCGAUUCUUGCCUUCUGAUCACUGCAUUUUUCAUUUACGCCAUGGAAUACAUCAUCGAGUAUACUGCAGCUUUCGAUCUCUACGUGGCAUGGCUCACUUAUCUCAGAUUUGCCUUUGCCCUUUCCCAUAUCUCACAAACUGGAAGUGUAUACAUUACGGUAGCAGUAACAAUUGAACGAUAUUUGGCAGUUUGUCAUCCGAAACGAAGCAAAAUGAUGUGUGGACCAGGCGGCGCUGCAUGGACAAUUCUUGGCGUCACAACAUUUGCAGUCGUUUUUAAUUGCACAAAGUUCUUUGAGCUUCAGGUCACUGUGAAUCCAAACUGUCCUGAUGGUAGUAACUGGCAAUCUUAUAUUCUACUCCCAUCUGCUAUGGCGAGCAAUCCGAUCUAUCAACAGGUUUACUCCCUAUGGGUCACCAAUGUCGUUAUGGUCUUCUUCCCGUUUUUAACGCUUCUUCUCUUCAAUGCCAUCAUCGCGUACACUAUCAGACAAAGUCUUGAGAAAUAUGAUUUCCAUAAUCAAAAAAGCGUGGUGGCCGCCCUUUCAGCCAGUGUAAAUCUUCCGCGAAAUAUCGCCGGGUACUGUCCGUCCGAUUGUCUUUGCCAUGUCCCUCUGUCGUCCUUUACUCUCCGCGGCUUGGCUCCCCGUCGUACGGUAGUCGUUGUCGACUCAUCGACGGCGGGAAGUGUUCCUACUGUAGCCACGUCGCUUACGUCGCCUGACUCUUUCCGAAUUUCUAGUCGAAACGAACUAAAAGAGAAAUCACGAGAAGCAACACUGGUCCUUGUUAUCAUCGUUUUCAUCUUUCUCGGUUGCAACUUUUGGGGAUUCGUACUAACUCUUCUCGAAAGAAUUAUGGGUCAGGAGACGUUGAUGGGAGAUCAUCACGUCUUCUACACAUUCUCCAGAGAAGCUAUCAACUUCUUAGCCAUCAUUAACUCAUCUAUCAAUUUUGUGAUCUACCUUCUAUUUGGUAAAGACUUCAGAAAAGAACUGGUAGUAGUGUACGGAUGUGGUAUACGCGGAAUCUCUCUUCGACUUCCAGUUCAAGAUAAAUUCAUCAUCUGGAGACACUGGAAAAGAACGAAGUCUCGAUUAUCCAUAUCCCAUUCAAAUCGAACACGCCACAAGAUUUCUCUUCCACAGACACUUGUUGAACAUGCCAAUCUGGAAAGACUGGAACAGACGAGAUUUUUAGCACAUCAUGAAGAUGGUGUACACACUCAGGUGUCCCCAAUCCAUGCACUUCGCAACGGUUCUAUACCGAAAUUCGAUCCAUUAAGAGACACAUGUUCAAAUGGGAGACCAUGCAAAACAAGUGUUGUAGAUGAUAACGGGGCUGUUGUAUGCACAGUUACAGAGUUUCCUUAA